GCCAGGGCAACGCAGGACACUCUCUCACGACUCUGACCAGAAGGCCCCCGAUAGAUGAGAGGCAGAGCCAUCUCCGUUAGCUCUGGAGUAACUAUCCCUAGGUUUCUAGCCGGACCAUUUGGAAUGGCCAUCAGUCCAGGAAGUGAUGCAGCUUUCUCCAGUCAGAAAUCAACACUUUCAGAGAGUCCUCGAUCAAAGAAAUUUCCACUAACUGAAGAGGAGAUAUUUUAUAUGAAUUGUAGAGCUGCCUACUUAACUGUUUUCAAAAGCAGCUUAGAUAACAUUAUUUCUAAAGAUCAACUUUGCUUAGCUCUUCAGCAUGCAGGAAGAAAUCCAUCCCAAAAGACCAUUAAUAAGUAUUGGACUCCUCAAACUGCCAAACUGAAUUUUGAUGAUUUUUGUUUAAUUUUAAGAAAGGAAAAACCUACUUCAAAAGCAGAAUUACUAAAAUCAUUUAAGCAAUUAGAUGUAAAUGAUGAUGGCUCUAUUUUACACACUGAUCUUUAUAAACUUCUAACAAAGAGAGGUGAGAAAAUGACUCGAGAAGAGGUAAAUGCCAUAAUAAAUUUGGCUGACGUAAAUGCUGAUGGCAAAUUUGACUACAUCAAGUUUUGUAAAUUAUAUAUGACAACCAAUGAACAAUGUCUCAAAACUACGCUAGAAAAAUUGGAGGUUGACAGUAAACUGAGGCGUCAACAGUUUGGAAGCCACAUGGAAGGGUCCCCUGAAAGGGACCCAUCACCAGUACCAAAACCCUCACCCAGAAUCAUAAGAAAAACUGAUCAGGAAUCAUUCUCAAAUAAAGGAGACACGAGGAGUUCUUUACUGACAACAACUAGAGAGUUCAGAACAUCUGUUUCUUUCACAAUUACCAUGGGCGCUAAUAGUAACCAAAACUCAAAGUUAACUGAGCCAAACUCAAUAAAGGAGUGGCAAUGUGUACAAUCAAAAGGUUGCUUUUUCUUAGAAGAAGAUGGUGAAAUCAUUAGUCAUCAAUAUAGGAUGCAAAUAGCUCAGAGAUCCCUGGUUUAUCUAACAAUUAAGCCAUUAAACCUGAGUCAAGCUGAAGGAAAACCAUCCCCUUGGUUAUCAGUUGAUACUGCCUUGUAUAUUCUUAAGGAAAAUGAGAGUCAAGCAAAUCUACAGCUCAUGUGUUUUACUGAACUACGAAAUAGAGAGAUGUUUGGGUGGACUGGUGAACUAGGACCUGGAAUUUACUGGUUAAUUCCUUCCACAACUGGCUGCAGGCUAAAGAAAGAAAGAAAACCAAUAACAGAAGAAGCCCAACUUGUAUAUAGAGAUGAAACAGGGGAAUUAUUUCUCACAAAGGAAUUUAGGUCAACUUUAUCAGAUAUAUUUGAAGUGAUUGAUUUAGAUGGAAAUGGUCUUCUCAGCCUUGAAGAAUAUAAUUUUUUUGAACUGAGAACAAGUGGUGAGAAAUGUGAUGAAGAUGCUUGGGCUGUCUGCAGAGAGAACUUCGAUACAAAGAAGAAUGAACUAACAAGACAGGGCUUUAUGAAUCUGAAUCUAAUGGAAGCCAGUGAUGGAGAAGGAGAUCCUUGUGACCUUUGGGUAACUCUGCACUCAAUGGGCUACAAUAAAGCUCUGGAACUGACAGAGGCAUGCCCAUUUGUCAUCGAUAUCUAUGCAGACAAAUGCAAGCCAAGAAUUAAAACUGUCCAUAUGGAGGCAUGCAGUGGGCAACUUGAGAAGGCCAUUUGUAAAUCUGUUCUUAACAAAGGCGAUGCCAAAGUAAUGGAUGGCUAUGAAAAUAUAAUUGUACAUACUUAUAAGUGUGACACCUGGAUAACAUCAGUUAUUGAAAACAAGUCAGAUAAUAAAGUGAUUAUUCACAUCAACAACGAGCUGAGUAAAAACUGUGUAAACAACAGAGGACUUGACAUAUUUGCAGUAGAAGUGGCACCAAAAUCUACAAUGGUAAUGCAUUGUUUUCUAAUUAAAGCCUUUUGUUUUAUCAAUUUAAAAAAAAUAUUUUUGCUAUUAAUGUUAUGGAUAAAUAUGUAGAUAAAUAUAAAUAAAGUAGAAAAUUAUUUUAAGUAUGAUAUUUGUAUUAGUACCAUCCUAUACUAUGAGAUAGGAGACUGGUUCUAAUCCAGUUCUCACUAUUUGGUUCAGUGAUUAUGGGACAUUCACUUAACUUCUCUGUUUCAGUCUCUUUUUUGUUUGUUUCAGUCUCUUUAAGUGUAAAAUUAAUGUAAUGUCACCAGUUUUAGGUACUUCACAAAAUUAAUGUAAAGAUAAAAAUAUAAUGAUAUAUGUGAAAGCACUAUUGAAUAUUUUAUAGAAAUACAAAGUAGUAUUAAUAGUAAUAGGACUUUUGAUAACUCAAAAUAUUUUUAUCUACAUUAUUAAGAUUUUCUGAGGUAACCUAAAAGAAAAAAUGCCUGUGAGUUUCAGAUAACCAACUAAGUCAAGAGCUAGAAUAGCUGAAGUUAUGGUGUUAGCAGAACUCUGGGUUUCUGAUUUAGCCAGGAGUUCAAAGGCAGGGAGAGAUCAGUAGACCCUGAAACUAGUUUAGUUAAGGGAAAAAGGAAAAAACUUUCUAUUCUUUCCCUUUUUUUCUCCAUACUGUCAGUGAAAUCCUAAAACAUGCUAAAACAGGAUAAGAAGAGUUUAUCUUUUCUGUUAUCCCAAUCAUGGUUUUUUUUUUUAAUGUUCUAGGCUUAGUGAGGAAAGAAUAUUUCCUUCCCUUUCUACCACUCCUCUUUACCCACAUUCACAAAUACCAACUACCAAAUACUAUAUUACGUAGAAUUUAGGCUGGAUUAUCCUGUUAGACAUCAGAUCGUAGAUUGCAGGUCCCUGCUAAGCACAAAUAUUAAAGAAUUUUAUCUGCACAGUGGUAUUUUUUACAUAGGUUCUAGAAAUGUUGUCCUAUUGAAAAAUUAGCCCCAAAUUACAGUAUAUAAAAGGAAGGUAAAGGCUUUCUAUUUUUAUAUGCAGGUUUGUCAACAUGUAAUGCCUCUGAAUGAACGACAAGAAUGGAUAUAUUAUUGUGUGUAUUCCCUUAUAUCUUAAACGCUGUUUGUAGGAAAUAAUUUUGCUUGAGACUAUCAAACUGAGAAGAAUUAUUUCAAGUUUAGUCUAUUAUUUGUUGAUCAACAAAAUGCUAAUCAAUUUAACUGAUGUACAUAAUAAUCUAUUUAAUUUGUAUGCAUUUACAUUUCAUGUCCAUAUUAUAUACU